AUGGCCGUGCCGUGCCGGGACCGCGCCAUGCUGGCGGCGCCCGCGUGCGAGCCGCCGCUGCGCGAGCCCACUGGCCGCCGCCGCACCCCGAUGCGGGCGCUAGGGGAAACCCUAGCGUCGCUACGCGCCAGGCCGCUGAUGGCCGGAAUUGUCAACAAGGAGUUUCCUGAGUUGGCCCAGACAGGGCUGAACUACCUGUCAUGGUCCUCGGACUGCGAGAUCUUUCUCCAGGGCAAAACCCUCCUGAGGGCGAUCGGUAAGGGGGCCCAGCUGGCCGUCACUAAGACCAAGUUCGAAACUGAGAAUGCGCAGGCUCUGCACUUUCUCCGUCAUCACCUGUCACCUACUCUGAAAGAUGAGUAUAUGGCUGAGCGCGGUGCUUCUGGCCUUUGGACCGCUCUUAAGCAGCGGUUUGAGCGGCUGAAGUACACUGUGAAGCCACGUGCAGAGGCAGAGUGGAUCCGUCUGAGGUUUGCGGACUUCAAGACGGUUGGGGAGUACAAUUCGGCUCUGCACCGGAUUUGUGCGACUCUUCGGUUGUGUGGUAUUGAGAUUACCGACUCCCAGAAGAUUGAGAAAACCCUAUCCACUUUCCACCCCGACGCGGUCCAGUCCUCACGGAACUACCGCUAG